AACCCUCCAACCCAAAAUCCAUUUAACCUUUUCACCCAAUUCUUCCUAUUUUUCAAAGCCCUCCCCUCCCUUCCCCUCCAAACUCCCAAACAUAGCCUUAGAGAUGAUGAAGAACUUGCAAGAGGUGAAGUAAUCUCACAAAAGCUACUCCAUGCCAUUGAGGAAUCACUCUCAGCAGUUGUUAUUAUCUCCAAAAACUAUGCUAACUCUGCUUGGUGUUUGGAUGAGUUAGUCAAGAUUCUCGAAUCCAAACGUUUGUCAGGACAACAAGUGUUCCCAAUCUUCUAUGGUGUUGAUCCCUCCCAUGUAAGGAAUCAAAGGGGAAGUUUUGCUGAGGCUUUUAGGAAACAUGAAGCAAAAUUUGCUGAAAGCAAAGAGAAGGUGCAAAAGUGGAGAGAUGCAUUGACAGAGGUCGCCAACUUGUCAGGCUGGGACUCUAAGGAUCAACAUGAAACAAAACUCAUUGAAGAAGUUGUUGCACAAGUAUGGAAAAAACUGGAACUCAAAUUUCCAUUCUAUAACGAUGGACUGGUCGCGAUUGAUACAAGAUUGGAAGAAUUAUAUUCAACUCUGAAGAUAGGUUACGAGGGAGUUCGUUUCAUAGGGAUAUGGGGUAUGGGUGGGAUUGGCAAAACGACUCUUGCUACAGCUCUCUUCAAAAAUAUCAAAAGUCAGUUUGAUGUAAGUUGCUUCAUCGCUAAUGUCAGGGAGGUCUCUGGAAAAAGAAACCAAGGUAUGCUACAGUUACAAAAUAAAAUUCUUUCUCAUCUGAACAUAAAAGGAAUGGUAAUUGAAACAUUAAGCGAAGGAAAGGACAGCUUAAGAAACCUUUUAUUCAACAAAAAGGUUCUUAUUGUCCUUGAUGAUGUAAGUUCUAAAAGCCAACUUGAGAAUUUGGCUGGAAGCCAUGCAUGGUUUGGUCGAGGAAGUAGAAUUUUAGUUACGACUAGGGAUAAGCACCUCUUGAUAUCGCAUGCUGUAUUGUUUGAAAUGUAUGAGAGUAAAAUCUUAAAUAAAAGUGAAUCCCUUCAACUUUUUUGUGAAAAAGCUUUUAAAAAGGACAAACCGGAAGAAGAUUAUUUUGAGUUAUCUAAAAGUGUGGUGCAAUAUGCUGGAGGCCUUCCUUUGGCUCUUGAAGUGUUAGGUUCUUUUCUUUGCGGAAGAAGGAUAUCUGAUUGGGAAGAUGCUUUGAUCAAAAUUAAACAAGUUCCACAUGAUGAUAUCCUAAACAAACUUCAAAUAAGUUAUGAAAUGUUAGAAGAUGAACACAAAACUAUAUUUCUAGAUAUUGCAUGCUUUUUUAAGGGAUGGUAUAAACAUAAAGUGAUACAGAUAUUGGAAAAUUGUGGCUUUCAUCCAACACUUGGAAUAAAUGUUCUUAUAGAAAAAUCACUACUAACUUUCGAUGGAAGAGUUAUUGGGAUGCAUGAUAUGCUAGAAGAAAUGGGUAAAACCAUAGUUUUUCUAGAAUCUCCUAAUGAUUCCGGAAGACGGAGUAGAUUGUGGUCUCUAGAGGAUAUUGAUGAAGUACUAAGAAAAAAUAAGGGAACUGAACUUGUUCAAGGUAUUGUUUUGAAGUCAUCACCAUCUAUGUCAUUUGAAGCGAGUUGGAAUCCCGAGGCCUUCUCAAAGAUGUCUAAUCUUAGGUUACUCAUUAUAUUAUGUGAUUUGCAUCUUUCACUUGGUCUGAAAUGUCUUUCCAGCUCACUAAAAGUGCUUAUAUGGUGGCAAUAUCCAAUGAAUACUCUUCCACUUGGAGUUCAAAUGGAUAAGCUUGUUCACUUACAAAUGGCCAAUAGUAAAGUCAAACAGCUGUGGAAUGGAACUCAGUAUUUUGGAAAGCUGAAAGUAAUUGAUUUGAGCAACUCCAAAAAUCUACGUCAAACUCCAAAUGUCUCUAGAGUUCCAUACCUUGAAGAGCUUCAUCUUAAUGAUUGUACAGACCUUGCUGAAGUUCACCAAUCUGUUACAGAACACAAAAAGCUCGAGAUAUUGAGCUUGAUAGGAUGUGCAAAUCUGAAAACCUUUUCAAGUAUAAUGGAAAUGGAUUCCUUGAAAAUGCUCAUGCUAUCUGAUUGCUCAAACAUUUCAAGACUUCCUGAUUUUGGGGAAAAUAUGAUAAGCAUGUCAGUGCUUAAUUUAAUGCAUUGCAAAAAAAUUGUGUGCCUUCCAAACAGCAUUAGUAACCUGAAGUCUCUCAAAAUUCUCAAUAUAUCAGGAUGCUCAAAAAUCUGUAGCCUGCCAGACGGUAUAAAGCAAAACACGGCUUUGGAGGAUCUUGACUUGAGUAGAACUGCUAUUGGAGAAAUGGAUCCCUCCCUACUUCAAUUAGGGAAUCUCAAAAUAUUAUCUUUAAGUGGAUGUGGCUUGCCAGCUUCCGACUCUAGACGGGACGUGAGUCGGCCAUAUAGGGAUCAGUGGGAUCAAUUCAGGUAUAUCUCAGCUGACACAGGCUUAAUAUUGCCUUCUACUUUCUCAGGUCUUUCCUCAUUAACUGUUUUGGAUUUGAGCUAUUGUAAUCUCACUGAUGAUUCAAUUCCCGAAGACGUUGAUGGCUUAUCAUCAUUGGAGAGACUAAUUCUAUCUGGGAAUAAAUUUCUGCGCCUACCCCAUUGCUACUUUUUUAAUCUUUCAAAGCUUCGCUAUCUUGAACUGGAAGACUGUCCUCAGCUUCGAUAUGAACCAUUGCUUCCACCACAUGUAUGCUUUUACUCAAUAGAUACAGAUAGAAAGGAAUCUAAAUUAUUAGAUCCUAAAAAGAUAUGGAAGCUGUUUGAUUACCCUUAUCCUGUGUACACGGAAAUCCCUUCGAGAUUUGAUAAUCAUAAUUUUUUACCCUUGAACUCAUCAUAUGUGUCAGAAGCUGACUCAAUUGCAUCAAUAACAGUAAAGAUCCCUACUGAUUGUUUUCCAAGUAGUAGGUGGGCAGUAGCUGUAUUUGUGGCCUUGGAGGAAAUUGAUGAAGGCUUUCAGGCCCGAAUCAUGCGCACGCGUUGGAACUUUGAUACUUUAGAGCCUGAAGAUGGCUCAUCCUUAUCUCUCUUCUCUAGUUCAACAGCAAACAAUAAACUGUACCUGUUCACAAUGGUAAGGAGUGGUGAUUUUAUAUACAUUCGGCGACACAUAAGAGGGGAGGGAAAGUCCAAUUGCAGAUCCUUUAGCAAGCAUCGGAAGCCAGAGUUCAGGGAAAACAGUUUGUUGCGUUUUGAAGUGCAAGUGGAAGGGUGCAAGAUAAGGAAGUGUGGAGGGCGUGUGUUGGACAAGGCAGAUUAUCUUGAAGACUCUAAAGAGGUGAACAGCAGUGAACUUUCUAUGGUACCUCCAAUUUCCGAGCAUGUCAGUGGUAUGUGCAAACCAACUGUGGAUGAAUUGAAGGGAGAGAAUGCUACAGCCUUUGAUGUGCAGAACACAGAAAAAUCCAUUGAAAAUUUCUCUUUGGGAAAAAUGUUUCAGAAUAUUAGACAAAGACUAGGUCUAAGCAUGCUUAUUUUAAUAAUGUCAAUGAUGGUAGCUGCUACACUAUUCCCUCUGCCUGUGCAAGGAUUCGACUCUAAAAAGCACACCACAACAAUUGAAGUCCAGAAUAAACCAUUUAAAUCACAUCGGAUUUCCCGUAAAACUGUAUUGAAGGUCAAUACACCACAAUUACAAAGCAGUCAUAGAUUGAAUGUGAGCCAACGGUUGUCAUUUCCAUUAUACCGGCUUCCAACGGGGACACAUUUCUCUCAGACUCACUUUUUGGACAUCCUUGCUAAUUGUCCUUCAAGUGACUGGUGGGGGGUGGCUGUACUUGUGGCCUCAGAAGCUGAAGCUCCACAGAAUUCAGAGGAAGGUCUUUCAAUGGAAGAUUAUUCACAAAACUCAAAAUGGAAGUAUCAUGUUUUCUUGAGUUUUAGGGGAGAAGACACACGCUUAGGCUUCACCGAUCACCUAUAUGCAGCUUUGGUGCGCAAGAGUAUAAUAACUUUCAGAGAUGAUGAAGAACUUGCAAGAGGUGAAGUAAUCUCACAAAAGCUACUCCAUGCCAUUGAAGAAUCUCUCUCAGCAGUUGUCAUAAUCUCCAAAAACUAUGCUAAUUCAGCUUGGUGUUUGGAUGAGUUAGUCAAGAUUCUCGAAUCUAAACGGUUGUCAGGACAACAAGUGUUCCCUAUUUUUUAUGGUGUGGAUCCCUCUGAUGUAAGGAAUCAAAGGGGAAGUUUUGAUGAGGCUUUUAGGAAACAUGAAGAAAAAUUUGCCGAAACCAAAGAGAAGGUGCAACAGUGGAGAGAUGCAUUGAGAGAGGUCGCCAACUUGUCAGGCUGGGACUCUAAGGAUCAACAUGAAACAAAACUCAUCGAAGAAGUUGUUGCACAAGUAUGGAAAAAACUGGAACUCAAAUUCCCAUCCUAUAACGAUGGACUGGUUGCAAUUGAUGCAAGAUUGGAUGAAUUAUAUUCAACUCUGAAGAUAGGAUCGGAGGAUGUUCGUUUCAUAGGGAUAUGGGGCAUGGGUGGGAUAGGCAAAACGACUCUUACUACAGCUCUUUACAAAAAAAUCAAAAGCCAGUUUGAUGUAAGUUGCUUCGUUGCUAAUGUUAGGGAGGUCUCAGGGGAAAGAAACGAAGGUUUGCUACAGUUACAAAAUAAAAUUCUUUCUCAUCUGAACAUAAAAGGAAUGGUAAUUGAAACAUUAAGCCAAGGAAAGGACAGCUUAAGAAACCUUUUAUCCAGCAAAAAGGUUCUUAUUGUCCUUGAUGAUGUAAGUUCUAAAAGCCAACUUGAGAAUUUGGCUGGAAGCCAAGAAUGGUUUGGUCGAGGGAGUAGAAUUAUAGUUACAACUAGGGAUAAGCACCUCUUGAUAUCGCAUGUUGUAUUGUUUGAAAUGUAUGAGAGUAAAAUCUUAAAUGAAAGUGAAUCCCUUCAACUUUUUUGUGAAAAAGCAUUUAAAGAAGAUGCACCUAAAGAGGGUUAUAUGGAGUUGUCUAAAAGUGUUGUCGAAUAUGCUCGGGGCCUUCCUUUGGCUCUUGAAGUGUUAGGUUCUUUUCUUUGUGGAAGAAGUAUAUCUGAUUGGAAAGAUGCUUUAAUCAAGAUUAAACAAGUUCCACAUGAUGAUAUCCUAAACAAACUUAGAAUAAGCUAUGACAUGUUAGAAGAUGAACACAAGACCAUAUUUCUAGAUAUUGCCUGCUUUUUUAAGGGAUGGUACAAACAUAAAGUGAUACAAAUAUUAGAAAAUUGUGGCCUUCACCCAGCCAUUGGCAUAAAUGUUCUCAUAGAAAAAUCAUUAGUAACUUUUGAUGGAAGAGUUAUCUGGAUGCAUGAUAUGCUUGAAGAAAUGGGUAAAACCAUAGUUUUUCAAGAAUCCCCUAAUGAUCCAGGAAGACGAAGUAGACUGUGGUCUCUAGAGGAUAUUGAUCAAGUGCUGAGAAAAAAUAAGGGAACUGAAAUUGUGCAAGGUAUAGUUUUGAGACCAUCGCCAUCUACGCUGUAUAAAGUACGUUGGGACCCUGAAGCAUUCUCAAAGAUGGGUAAUCUUAGGUUACUCGUUAUAUUAUGUGAGCUGCAUCCUUCCCUUGGUCUGAAAUGUCUUUCUAGCUCGCUAAAAGUGCUUAUAUGGUGGGGAUAUCCAUUGGAUGCUCUUCCACUUGGAGUUCAACUAGAUGAGCUUGUACAUUUGCAAAUGAUCAACAGCAAAGUUAAACAUUUGUGGAGUGAAAAAGAGUAUUUUGGAAAGCUGAAAGUAAUAGAUUUGAGUAACUCCAAAGAUUUACGUCAAACUCCAAAUAUCUCUAGAAUUCCAAAUCUUGAAGAGUUGUAUCUGAAUGAUUGUCCAAAACUUGUUGAAGUACACCAAUCUAUCAGCCGACACAAAAAACUCAUGAUAUUGAGCUUGAUGGGAUGUGUAGAUCUGAAAACCUUUCCAAAUAAAUUGGAAAUGUUUUCGUUGAAAAUGCUAUUUCUCUCUGACUGCUCAAGAAUUCAAAGACUUCCUGAAUUUGGAAAAAAUAUGACGUGCAUCACGGAACUUAUCUUAACGAAUUGCAAGAAUCUUCUAUGCCUUCCAAACAGCAUCAGUAACCUGAAAACUCUCAGAAUUCUCGACAUAUCAAGAUGUUCAAAAAUUCAUACCCUGCCAGAUGGUAUAAAUCAAAACAAGGCUUUGGUGGACAUUGACUUGAGUAGAACUGCUAUUAGAGAAUUGGAUCCAUCCCUACUUCAGUUAGAAAAUAUCAAAAGAUUAUCUUUAAGUAGAUGUAGCGGAUCAGCAUCCAAUUCCAGCUGGGAGUUUCAGCUUCCUUUUGGUAAGAAGUUCAGUUUUUCCCCAGCUCACACAAGAUGCUUAACAUUGCCCCGUUUUGUAUCAGGCCUUUCCUCAUUAACUGUAUUGGAUUUAAGCUAUUGUAAUCUUACCGAUGAUUCAAUUCCUCAUGAUAUCGAUUGCUUAUCAUCAUUGGAGAAUCUGAUUCUAAGUGGGAACAAUUUUGUUCGCCUACCUACUCACUACCUUGCUAAUCUUUCAAAGCUUCGUUAUCUUGAAUUGGAAGAUUGCCCGCAGCUCCAAUCUUUACCAGUGCUUCCACCUCAUGUACGCUUGUAUGGAACAGAUUCUGAUGUAAGGGAAGCUGGUGCAUUAGAUCCACAAAAGAUAUGGAAGCUGUUUGAAUCAAGUGACAAAGAACUCUUACAGUCAUAUGUGCCUCAAAUGUUUGACUUCUUCAAUCCUAUGUACUUCACAAUCCCACCGAGAUUUGAUAAUCAGAAUUUUUUUCCAUUGAGCUCGUCAUAUGUGUCAAAACACGAUUCAUUUGCAUCAGUAACAGUGGAUAUCCCUGAUGAUUGUCUUUCAAGUGACUGGUGGGGGGUGGCUGUACUUGUGGCCUUAGAAGCUGAUUCAGAGGAAGGCGCUAAAAGUUCUUUUAUGAGAUCUAUGGGCUUGCGUUGGAAAUUUGAUACUCUAGGACCUGAAGACAGCCCUUCCUUAUCACUGUCUGCAGGUUCAACAGCAUACAGUGAUCUUUACCUCGUCACUAUGGUAGUGAGUGGUGAUUUUAUAUACAUACGGAGACACCGAAGGGAAGACCGAAGAAGUUUCAUGAACGAAGAGUUUAGCAAACAUAGAAAGCCAGAGUUCAGGGAAAACAGUUCGUUGCGCUUCGAAGUGGAAGUAGGAGGAUGGAAGAUAAGGAAGUGUAGGUGGCAUAUGUUGUGCAAGGAAGAUUAUCUUGAAGACUUACAAAUGCUAAACAGCGGUGGACUUGUUGAAGAACCUUCAGAUUCCGGGCAUUCAGCUGGUAAGAACAAAUCAUAUGUGGAAGAAUUCAAGGGGAAGGAUACUACUGUUUUGGAUGUGAAGAACAUAGAAAGGUCCAAUGAGAACUUCUCUUUGGGGAAAAUGUUUCCCACCAUUAAACAAGGACUUGGUUUAGGUGUGCUAGCUUUGAUAUCAUUGAUGGUUGGGGCUACAAUAUUCUGUUCGCCUAUGCAUGGUUUGCGCUUCAAAAUGUCCACCACAACAAUCAAGACCAUAUCUAAUAAAUUAUUAAAACCACAUUGGACUACCUCCAAUGAUAUCGUACUUAAGGUCAAUGCACCGCAAUUUCAGCGUGGUCCUCGUAACAGAAAUGUGAGUCAACGGUUGUCAUUUCAACUGUACCGGCCACCAAGGAGGUUGAGUUUCUGUAAGAGCCAAUUUUGUUGUAACUUCACUCGAUGAAAAACAUUUUUCUUUUUGACAAACUUGUUCUUUUGUGUAACUCAAAUAUUUCAUUUGUCUAAUUCUGAUUUAGAUAUGUAAUAAACCUCAUAUUAUAAUCUUUUUAAUAGAAACUUCACAGUAGUUAGAACUACACCACUUUUAGAAA